AUGUCCAACUACGGUGGCGGUCGCGGUGGCGGGUACGGUGGUGGUCACGGAGGCUAUGGUCGCGACAGAAGCGACAGAGGAGAUCGAAGUGGCUAUGGCGGAGGCUACGGUGGAGGACGAUCUAAUGGUUACAGCAAUGGCUCCCAUGGUAACAGCAACGGCUUCGGCGGCGGUUAUGGCGGUGGCCAUGGCGGCUACGGUGGUGGUGGUGGCGAUCGCAUGAGCAACCUCGGCGCCGGUCUACAGAAGCAAAACUGGGACCUCUCUACGCUGCCUAAAUUUGAAAAGUCGUUCUACAAAGAGAUCCCGGAAGUCGCCAAUAGAUCCUCUGCAGAGGUUGACGCGUUCCGUCGCAAACAUCAAAUGACAAUUGCAGGAAGAGAUGUGCCCAAGCCUGUCGAGACCUUUGACGAGGCCGGGUUUCCACGCUACGUCUUGGACGAGGUCAAGGCCCAGGGCUUCCCUGCCCCCACUGCUAUUCAGUCACAGGGCUGGCCAAUGGCUCUCUCUGGACGUGACGUUGUUGGUAUUGCCGAAACGGGAUCAGGAAAGACGCUGACCUACUGUCUUCCCGCCAUUGUUCACAUCAACGCCCAGCCUCUCUUGGCCCCUGGGGAUGGUCCUAUUGUUCUUGUCCUAGCCCCGACUCGUGAACUUGCUGUCCAGAUUCAGCAAGAAAUCACCAAGUUUGGUCGCUCCUCACGCAUCCGAAAUACCUGCGUUUACGGCGGCGUCCCCAAAGGUCCUCAGAUUCGCGAUCUCUCCCGAGGCGUGGAGGUCUGCAUUGCCACCCCCGGCCGUUUGAUCGACAUGCUGGAGGCUGGCAAAACAAAUUUGCGCCGUGUCACUUAUCUUGUUCUUGAUGAAGCUGAUCGCAUGCUUGACAUGGGUUUCGAGCCCCAGAUCCGAAAGAUCAUUGAGCAGAUUCGACCUGACCGACAGACUCUCAUGUAUUCCGCGACGUGGCCAAAGGAGGUGCGAGCCAUGGCUGCUGAUUUCCAGACCGACUUUAUUCAGGUCAACAUCGGCUCCAUGGACUUGUCUGCCAACCACAGAAUCACGCAGAUUGUCGAGGUUGUAUCUGACAUGGAAAAGCGCGAUCGCAUGAUCAAGCACCUUGAGCAGGUCAUGGAAAACAAAGAGAACAAGAUUCUCCUUUUUGUCGGAACAAAGCGAGUUGCCGACGACAUCACCCGAUUCCUUCGUCAAGAUGGUUGGCCAGCAUUGUCUAUCCAUGGCGACAAGCAGCAAAACGAACGUGACUGGGUCCUCGACCAGUUCAAGACCGGAAAGAGCCCCAUCAUGGUGGCCACAGACGUAGCUUCACGUGGUAUUGAUGUUCGCAACAUCACCCAUGUGUUGAACUACGACUACCCCAACAAUUCGGAGGACUACAUCCACCGAAUUGGCCGUACUGGCAGAGCUGGUGCCAAGGGAACGGCUAUCACGUUCUUCACCACUGACAACCAGAAACAGGCUCGUGAGCUCGUCAAUGUCUUGCAGGAGGCCAAGCAAAAGAUUGACCCUCGCCUUGCCGAAAUGGCCCGCUUCGGUGGCGGAGGAGGCGGUCAUCGAUAUGGAGGCUGGGGACGAGGACGAGGCGGUGGUAGAGCCAACGCCAACAGCCAACCCCUGGGAAACCGAAGGUGGUAA